CAUCUAUUAUGAACUUUUCUCAGUCUUCUCACUCGUUAUUUUCUACAAUUUGCCUACAAUCUUCAAACAAUCAAAGUCUUUAGGAUGUCUGUCGGCUCUGGUGCAGGAGACCGGGAUACUAUCACCCAGAUACGAAUCUCUGAAAAUCGAGAAAUUGGGGUCCUCAAUGACAGACAUGCUGACUACAUCUCUGAGGUCCGUUUCCUUCAAGCAGUUCAACGCAAGCUUAGAUUGCGUCUGGAGCAAUGGAUGAAAACUGGAACGCCGAGGAAGAGAACAGACGUGACUGAGUCGAUGAUAACAGUAGAGUCGAAGUCACGAUAUGAUGCCGAUGCAGAGAAAAUUCCUGCGCUCAAUGACGAACUGAACAGUACGCGAUCGAGAUAUGAAUCAGCCGUGCGUGGACGUGAUAUGGCCGCCGAAGACUCACUUCUUGUCAGAUUGUGCGAUCUUCGUGCUCAGCUAUGCCUAGCCAAAGGACGCGGAAAAGUGAUCCAAGAAGAAUGCGCAAGGCUCCGAAAAGAGAACCAGAAGAUUGUGGACGAUAUCGCAUCGCAGAGACAGGUGUUUGACAGAGAAACGCAAGAACGCUACAGCUACGAACGUCGCGCUCAGCCGUUGCUCCAGGAAUGCGAAGAGCUAUUGAAAACCUACAAAGAGGUUAAAGUACCCGUACCCCGCUACUCGACUGAGGACAUCGAACAAGACAGAAAACAUUGGCGCGCCGAAUUGGAAACCUCCAUGGUUGACAUUCGUAGGCAAUACGAUAUACUUGCCAGCACUGUUAAGUCGGAGAUGGAACAAUGGUACAAGGAGCAGGUGAUUGGAAUCGAUGUCAAGCACCGCGAUGAAGCAUCUUCUUUCAAGAAGAGACUUGCUGAACUACGCGAAGAACUGGUUGACGUCCGCACAAGGCUCAAUCAUCUGGAAGAACGCAAUCGCCUGCUGACGAGCUUGAUCGCCGAUUUCGAAGAAGCCAGAGACCAAGAGCAGAGGCUUAGCGCCUCUUGCGUCAAGGAAGACGAGGAGAAUCUUAGGAAGCUCAUCGAACGCUACAAUGAGCUCGUCGCCGGUACUCCACGAGAUAAGAGAUACUCCGUGACGACAUUGCGCGCUGAGAUCCUGAGAUACAAAGAACUACUAGAUGGUGUGGGUCCCUCAGAGAAUCGCGGCAUCGGCGGUCCUGGCGGUCCCGGCGGUCCCGGCGGUCCCGGCGGUCCUGGCGGUCCCGGCGGUCCCAUCAGCAUUGCUGGGCAACGAACAUCUCACUCCUCUAGCAUAGGCGGUGGAGUGUACGAGCCUUACGGAACAAGAAGGGACAUCAGUGGAGCUACCGAAACCCGUGACUACAGGUACACAUCCUCCACAACCACAUCCCGAAAUGGAGGAAUCGGUGGCGGUGUAACUGUCACCAGCAAGGCCGAUUACACCUUGAGAGAUGAGCGGAGUCCCAGAGCUGGUAUUGAAGUGAUGCAACGCUCAGCCCAGGGGAAUGUCACGAUCGGGAGAGUGGCUAGAGACGGAUCAUAUGUGACCAUCGAGAACACUUCCCUGGACAUUGACCAGCACAUUGGUGAAUGGACGCUCCGCAGCACAAGCCCCUCCCUGAAGCAAGUUUCAUACACCUUCCCUCGUGGAUUCAUCCUAGCCCCUCAAAGCACCGUCCAGGUCUAUGCCCGUGGAAAGGGCAUUCACGAUCCACCCCGUUCGCUUGUCUGCGAAGCUGAGAGCACAUUCGCAACAGGUGAAGAUCUGGCCAUCUACCUUUACGACAACAAUAACCAGGAACGUGCUCGUCUCACUCAACGUGGGUUCUUCGCCACUGGUGGUGAUUCUGCAUUCUUCGCCAUUUCUGGUGAUUCUGCAUUCUAAACUGAUGUCUACAACGUCAAAACUGCCAUCAAGCGUCUGCCUGUUUUUCGUUCUGUUAGAUUAGACGAACAAUAUGCAAAAGGUUGUAUUUGCUUGCUCAGAUAUAAAUCAUGUAGUC